UACAAGUUGACGUUGACAGUCUGGAGGACACUUCCUGAUGCUGGUACCCAGGUCUAGCUAGGCUAGCUAACAGAAUUGAUUUUCACGGUUUGGGGAAACCUGUGAAAUACAGCGUGGUCACGUCGUCUGAUUCAGUGGUGGGAGCAGAAGAGGUCGGACGACACCAUGAACGGCCAGCUGGACCUGAGCGGGAAGCUGAUCAUCAAAGCCCAGCUGGGCGAUGACAUCCGACGCAUCCCUAUCCAUAAUGAAGACAUAACUUAUGAUGAGCUGGUGCUGAUGAUGCAACGCGUCUUUCGGGGAAAGCUGCAGAGUAACGAUGAAGUUACCAUCAAAUAUAAGGAUGAAGAUGAUGACCUAAUCACCAUAUUUGACAGCUCUGACCUCUCCUUUGCAAUCCAGUGCAGUAGGAUACUCAAACUGACUUUAUUUGUGAACGGUCAGCCUCGGCCUUUGGAAUCAAGUCAGGUGAAGUAUCUUCGAAGGGAGCUCAUUGAGCUCAGGAAUAAAGUCAACACCCUCCUGGACAGUUUGGAGCCUCCAGCAGAGCCCGGUCUAUCUGCUACAGCACCAGACAGUGAAUCAGUGGACGGGCGUGAAGGCAAAGUGGUGGCAGCAGACCCCUCCAUGAAACAAGCCACCCCAGUCAGUGCAGCCAGUAUGUCAGCCUUCGACCCAUUAAAAAACCAGGACGAGGUCAACAAGAAUGUCAUCUCCGCUUUUGGCCUGAGUGAGGACCAGGCCCCAGCUCCCCCACCAGCUGCACCAGAGGAACGCUCAGGAACACCUGACAGCAUCGCUUCCUCUUCAUCUGCAGCCCCACAGCCAGGAGUGCCCCCCCAGACACAGGCCCCUUACCCUGGAGUACAGCAGGGACCCCCAGCUGGCAUGGAUGGCCAGGUGUACCAGCAGUACCAGGCGCCAGGUGGGUACCCACCUCAGCAGCCAGGUGCCCCACCGCAGCAGCAGUACGGUAUGCAGUACCCUGCAGGAUACAGCCCUCAGCCUGGAGCCCCUCAACCUGGCCCACCACAGCCUCAGCAGCAGCAGUUUCAGAACUACGCACCUCCCUCCUCCCAGGCUCCUGUCCCUGGUCCAGCCCCUGCCCCAGCUUUCCAGGGGGGCCAGCAGCAGCCCCAUCCGCCUCAGGGAGCCCAGCAGUAUCCACCAGGAGCCUUCCCUUCCCAAAACUAUACCUCCCAGGCCUCACAGCCUGCCAACUACAGCCUGCCGCCCAACUCCCAGCCUGGCUCAGGGUACCAGUCUCGCCCCGGAUACACCCCGCCUCCAGGCAACACCGUCACCCCUCCACCCGGAGCUGCUAACCCAUACGCCCGCAACCGCCCCCCGUACGGCCAGGGCUACACUCAGCCUGGCCCUGGAUACCGGUAAAAGAGGAUAGGGGAUGUUUCCGAUCCUCACACACCCCCAAGUCCUCCCCCUCUAUGUGGCUCCAACUGUUGGGAGUGGGUGCAGGAUACAAGGUCUACUGCUCUGCACCCCCCUCGCCCUCCCCACUCAUUCAUAUAUCAAGCCCAAAUAAGAAACAAGCAACCCUUCCAGUCUGAUGGUUAGUGUUCGUAUGCUGUCUCAACAUGCCACUCUGUUCUGGCCCUGGUGUAUGUUCCUUCUGUUUUUUCUGAUGAUUAAUUUCCACUGUCUUCUCUACCCUCUUGUAACUGUCACAGUAAAAAUGUAACCAGUCUGUAUGCACACACCUGGGAGACCAAAACAGGCUGUUGCACAAAUAUUUUUCAUUUCCCCAUGGUAACACUUCAUUUUGUGAGCAAGAUCCGCAUCUGCAGUGAAUAACAUCUCCACAGUCAUGAUGGAUAAAACGUCCAUAGAUGCAUUAAUUAGACACCAAAAUGAAAUGUUACACCUUUAGCUUUUUGUUGUUGUUUCUAUUUACUUCUUUUGAUCAAUUUUAUCACCAUGUCGGUAUUAAUGAUGUAUCAAUCGAUCUGCCCCAUGUUGGGAACACUAAGUGAUGGCUCAUGGGAAAUGUAGUUCCCAGUGUCAAGAAGGAUUCCUUUGUUUAGUUAAAUCACCUCCAGUAAGGCUUGCUAUUGUUCUCUUUAUCUUAUCACUGGUUUUUACUAAUAUAUCAAAUCAAAUUCCACCUUGAAGUGAGAUUAGUUGUUUAUGUAUAAACUGUAACAUUUUUCUGGAACCUAAUAAAUAAUCGAGACCCA